AUGAGGCUGUACACAAGACGCAACAGGACACUCUGCCUGGCAUUUGGUGUCCUGUGCAUUUGUUUCAUCAUCGUUAACUUCAUCGGCAGGACUGACGAUAAAAAUGUUCUAAAGUCUGACAGCGAUACAUUAGAUCGUGGGGAAGAAGAUGUUCGCCUACGUAAUGUGAACACGCCGAUAAGAACAGCUUCGAGUUCAUCAGCCGCGAUGAGACCGAAUUCAGACGCUCAAAAUGCAAAUCACACGAGAAAAUCCAAUAAUGUUGAAUUGAAUAGGUACGCAAACAAAUUUAAAAAUUCGAAAAACGGAACUUCAAAAUCAGACGUCAUUCCUGCAGUCUUUGGUAAUGGGUCGCAAGUAAAGCCUGAGCUUCUCUUGAACAAAUCACAUUUGGAAAAUAAACACGAAGUGAAACCUGCCAAACAUAUUCUUGCUGAUGAGGACAACGAGCAAACAGCGAGAAGGCUACAACUGCAAAAGGAAAACCCAAUGUUCAGUGAUCGGGUCAUUAACCCGCAUCCGUUCACUUUUAUCAAUAACUCGGGUAAUUGCAGCCAACACGCGCCCGACGGGAAGGUUUUCUUGCUUAUCUUGGUAGCCUGCCGACCAGAGGAGGUCCGAGACCGUCGAUGGAUUAGAGAUACAUGGGGCUCGGUUAAGGCCUAUCGCGACAAAGUUCUCAUUACCCGCUUUCUGGUCGGCCAGGCCCCUCGAAAGAUAUACACAAGAAAAAUAAUUUGGGAGGAGAGCGCUCUCUACGGUGACAUUAUCCAGGAAAACUUCGCUGACUCGUACCACAACAUGACACACAAGGUAUUGAUGGGAUUGAAGUGGGCUGGGCAGAUGUGUCCACGUGCCACUUACGUCAUGAAUCUGGACAGUGACAUGUUUGUCAAUGUCUUUAGACUAGUGCGACUGCUAGAAACGACACCUCGAAGAAACUUCGCAAUAGGGCGCCUCAAAGGCCCAACUCUACCACAACGCAUUCGUAGGAAGAAAAUCUCUACAAAGUGGUUCACCCCAGUCGAGAUGUAUCCGGAAAGCACGUUCCCACCAUAUUUGAAUGGCCCUGCUUACGUCAUGUCAGGUGACCUGCCAGGACGCAUAUUCAGCGAAUCCGCGCAUGUCAGAUACUUACCUUGGGAUGAUGUGUACAUUGGCAUGGUCAUGAAGAAACUGGGAGUGCGGAUGGUGUACGGAGACCACUUUGAGGAGUAUCCGGUCCGCUGGAAUGGGGUGGAUGUGCUCAAUUCAAUAUUAAAUGGAAUCGCAUCGUAUGUGGGACACCAGCGAGCGUAUAAUUUUGUUCUGCGUGAUAUAUGGGGAACGGUUAUGAAGCAGUACGACAACUACGUAUUUUCUCCCCCUCCUGAUUCUCUUUUGAGGUUGAAUAAUGCAAGUUUACGUCACUGGUAAUAUUUCUCGCGGUAAUACAUUUACGUUUCCAACUCCUCGAAUUAUGCAACCCAGAGCUAAACGUCUCUGAGGUGUGCCGUAAUUCGAUAGGAAAAGUAACAUUGUGAAGUGAAAACAGUACAGUGCUUCGUACAGUGCUUAGUACGUGUUUCCGUAUGAGAUUGUCUUCGGACAAUUGAUAAACUCUAUAUCGGUCUUAGUUGAGGCUUGCGGGCACUGUAUUUAUAAUCUUCCGAGUGUGAAACUAUUCAAGUACUCUUUUCUGGUCUCCCCAUAACACACAAGAAGCCUCGUCACUUUUGAUUGAUAUUAAUAAAGCAUCGUCAGUGUCCGUAAACGGAAAGAAACUAGGACAUUCAGGCGCAAUGUAUUUUCAACGGACCUUGUACAUAGAAAAUCUCAUCAGUUCCAUCUUGUUUCAAUUUGUUUCAAAUUACGCAACUCGUACACAACCAAACCCGUGCUACUUAAUCCACUCAAACUACAAUCAAUCUCACUUUCAGUU